AUGUUUAUGCCUGAACAUCUUUCUGGAACCGGCGAAUGUAUGGAAUCCACUGGAGUUAAUGUAAGUUUAUAUAUUUUAUAUGGAAUGGGAUGAAAUUAGACAUUAUUUUUGCAGAAUUUUAUUCCUGGAACACUCUACACGGAAGAGGAUAGAGAUUCACUUGAUUAUUGGCUUUUCUCUGGCAAAUUUGGAGCGGUUAGUUGAAAUUCAUGAAGCACGAUUGAAAUAUCAACAAAUAAAAAUGCAUUUUCAGGAUCGAGAAGAUUCAAAGUUUGAAACCGAUCCGAUUAAGCAAAUCAAAAUGUUGAGAGAAGAACUUGGUAUGUUUUUUUAGGGAGCGGGUGAGAUUUUGCGUAGAGAUAGGGGAAGUUGAGCUCAUGAAUGUGGGCUCAAAAACUCUGGAAUUUUUCUGUUGAAUAAGCAAAAGUGGUGGAUUUAGUGGCGAUUUUUGAGGGCGAAAUCUUGUUGAUCUGAGCAAUGUUGCUGGAUAUUCAAAGAGCAAUUAGGGCCGAAUAAUGAGCCUAAAAUGCUAAAAAAUGGUUUCAUAAUGAUAUUUUUAUACUGAAUUUAUAGUGAACUUUUUGGGCAGGGUGAUAUGGAUCCCGUAGAGAAUCUAAAAGUCAAAACCAAGUUCAGAAAAUUCCACGUCCACCAAAAAUCUCAACAUUUUUCCAGACACAAUUGGCAACAUACUUCAUCACCUUCAAAUCGAAAACGAUUCACGUGACCAAAGAGAAAAGGUACAUUUUUUCACCCUUUAAAAAUCAAUAAUUUACAUUUUCCAGUACAUAAUAUUUGGUUUGGUUGGUGUUGCUUCACUGGUCCUCGUCUCAUUCUUCAAGCGUUAA